AUCUUAUGAUCAAUUUUAAUCGAACGUUCUACAUUAUAACCAAUAUAAUCAGACACAUUCAGCAGUAAUGCAAGUAUUAUAUAAAUCGCAGGCUUUGCAGUACGUAACGUCAAAAUAUGAAACUUCCGUAUUAGAAGAAUCAAUAAUUGAAGAGGUCAUCGAACUUGACGAAAUCAUUAGAAAUGUCAGUUUUCUAUGGAAUAACGCAUUCGUUCGUUACGAAGAUUUAUGUUGUAAGGCAGACGGAAGCACUUGCCACGAGAGUUUUGUUUUGUCAUUGAAAGGAAAGACGAAUGGCAUAAAAAAAAGGAAUGUACAAGAUCAAAUAUCCAGUUGAUAAAAUUGAUGGCAAAUUAGUAAUUUCCGGUUUCGAAUUCGGAGGUGUCACAGUAGACGAGAAAAAUGUGAUUCGAGAUUCCAAGGCAAUUAGACUAUAUUAUCCACUGGAUCAUGCCACUGAAGAAACGAAAGAAAUGGCACUAAUGUGGGAAAAACUAUUCUAGAAUCACUUUCAAAAAUUCAUAUGAAUAAUAUCAAAAUUUAUAAGUUCGUUGGUCAGUCUGUCAAUAAUGAAGUUAACCGAAAUGGCGAAAAUAUUUUUUUUCUCAUUAUUAUUGCUGCUCCAAUAAUGUUGAUAUUUUCGGCAGUUUCUUGCUUAUCGACUGACGCACUGAGCAGUAAGCCCUGGUUGGGUAUAGCUAGCUGUGCAUCACCAUUCUUAGCCACUGUUGCAGCAUUUGGACUACUAAUUUACUGCAAAAUGGAGUAUGUCCCAUUGAACGUUAUGAUUAUUUUCCUGAUGUUAGGAAUUGGAGUAGACGAUGCCUUUAUAUUGAUAGCUGCGUGGAGAAGAACUGACGUUAACGCUUGUGUUCCAGAUAGAAUGAAAGAAGCGUACACAGAAGCUGCUGUCUCUAUCACUAUUACGUCUCUGACCAAUUUGUUUGCGUUUUGUAUGGGAUUUCUGACACCUUAUAAAUGUAUUCAUAUAUUCAGUGCGUAUGCAGCUCUUGCAAUCCUGUUUGACUACAUUUAUCAGUUAUUGUUUUUUGGAGGACUCAUGGCUUUAGAUGGAUACAGAGAAAAGUAUAAUCUGCAUUCUGUUUUCUGCUGGACAAUUAACCGAAAUCACCAGAAAAUUCAAAACAAAAAGCAAUUCGAAUCGACAAGCAAGGAAAAACAAAAUAUUUUUAUGGCAUUUUUUGGCAAUGUUCUCGGCAAAAUGCUGGGAAAACCAAUCCAUUUGGACUACUAA